AUGUGGAAUUCACAACAUCAUACAACAGCAUUACGUACAACACUUUUAACAUCAUUAGCUGAUUGGUAUAAUCGAGCAAAUGAUAAUGAACAACAACAACGUCUUAGUCGUGUACUUGAAGUUGUUCAAGAUUUAAAAACUUUACCAACAUUACUUGGAGCACAACCCAUGACAUUUAUACUUGAUCUUGCUUGUUUAGCAUCAAGACGUGGUUAUUUAAAAUUAGAUAAAUGGUUAUCAGAUAAAUUACGUGAACAUCAAGAAUUAUUUGUUCAAACAACAAUACAAUAUUUACGAAAAAAAGCUCCACAAUUACUUCUUCCACCACCAUUAUCAAAAGAUGAUAUAAAUUUUAAAGCAAUAACAAAUGCUGAAACAAUUAAUGUUCUAUUAACUGUUCUACAAUUAGCAUUAUCAUCAAUAACAAAUGGUGAUCUUAUUCAAGAAAUUCAAACAAUGUUAUCAACAGCUAAAAUUCUUAAUACAUUAACAUCAACAACAGGAAAUAUAUUUCCAAAUACAAAUCUUAAUGAACAAACAUUACAAAGACCUGCUUCUAUAUCAUUAUCAUUAAAUUCUCAACAAUUAUAUCAUCAUCCAACAUCAUUUACACCAUCGCCUACAACUCCAUCAAAUGGACUUUCAUUAACAGCUCAACUUCGUUCAUUACUAAAUUCCAAUGGUAAUGAUCCAUUAGCAAUUGGUUCAUCAUCAUCAUCAUCAACAACAACAACAACAGCAGUAGCAACAACAUCAAUGGGUGAAAUAGCUGAUGUUGAUGUUUAUUUUAAACGUUUAUAUUCAAAAACAAAUAAUCCACCACCGAUAUCAGUUGAUGAAUUUCUUGAUAUAAUGACACGUUGUAAAGAUUCUCAAAUUCAACGAGAAAAAGAUGUUUUUCAUAAUGGUAUAAGAAAUUUAUUUGAAGAGUAUAAAUUUUAUAUUCAAUAUCCUGAACGUGAAUUACAUUUAACAGCACAAUUAUUUGGUGGUCUUUUUGAACGUGGAUUAUUUCAACAACAAGCAUUAAUAGCUGCAUAUCGUGCUAUUUUAGAAGGUUUAAAAAAGCCUACAGGAACAAAUCUAUGGAAUUUUGCUGUUACAGCACUUGACAGAUGUAAAGCAAGAAUUCGUGAACAACCAACAUUUCUACAAGGUUUACGAAGUUUAUUAACUUACUCUGAAAUUCCAUUAAAUAUUCGUGAAUAUCUUGAAUAUGGUACAAAGACAAAUAUUCAACAACAAUUUGAUUCAUUACGUACAUUAACCCCAACAUCAAAUUUAACAGCUUCAACAACAGUUAGUCCACAACCACAAAUAUCACAUUCAACAAUGAAUACAUCAAAUAUGUUCCCACGUAUGAAUAGUGGUCCACCGAUAUCUAAUCCACAACAAUAUGUAACUGGAAAUGGUGGUGUUGGAAGAGAAAAUCCAGCACAAAAAGGACCAUCAUUAACACAAAAUGCAAAUAUUCGAACAUUGAUGAGUGAUCCAAGUUAUCUUCUUGUACGAGUAAAACCACCGCCCGAACAAAUAAAUGAUAAAGUUGCAUUUACAUUUAAUAAUUUAUCAUUUGCUAAUUUAUCUCAAAAGGCCGAAGAAUUAAAAGACGUUUUAGGUAAUGAUGACCAAUUAUGGAAAUGGGUUGCACAAUAUUUGGUUAUGAAACGUGCUUCUAUUGAACCAAAUUUUCAUUCAUUGUAUGCUGGUUUUAUAAAUACAAUUAAUGUUACUAUGCUUUAUGAUACCGUAUUAACUGAAACACAUCGAAAUAUUAAAAUUCUUUUAUUAAGUGAUAAACAAAUGAAUAAUAUACCUGAUCGUGCAUUAUUAAAAAAUCUUGGUCAUUGGCUUGGAAUAAUUACUAUAGGAAAAAAUAAGCCAAUUCUUGCUACGGAUUUAGAAAUCAAAUCUUUAGUUAUUGAGGCAUAUCAUAUGGGUUCACAAGAAUUAUUAUAUGUUGUACCAUUUGUAGCAAAAAUUUUAGAAUCAUGUACACGAAGCAAAAUUUUUCAACAACCAAAUCCAUGGUUAAUGGGUAUUAUGUCUGUUCUUGCUGAAAUGCAUGCAACACCGGAUUUUAAAUUAAAUUUAAAAUUUGAAAUUGAAGUGCUUUGUAGACAAUUACAAAUUCAAUUGACUGAUCUUCCAAUUCAUCAUACAUUAUCAAAUAAAGAAUAUUUCGAUAAAAUUGAAAAACAAUUAUCAAAUACUAAUCGUCAAUCAUCCGGUAUAACACCUCAUGUUUAUCAAUCUCAACAAUCAACAAAUUCAACAGCGACAUCAUCAUCUCUUUAUAAUGAUCCAGCUAUUCUUAAUUAUCAUCAAUUAUCAACAAAUCAACAAUCUUCAGCAACAACAACAACAUCAUCCGUAUUACCUAUUCCAAUUCAACAACAACAACAACAACAACAGCAAACAUUACCCGUAACAUCAUCAUCAUCAUCGUCAUCAACACUUCCACCUGUACCAAAAUAUAAAUUAUCUGAUUUUAAACCAUCAAUAUUUCAAUCAUUAAGUUCAAUGCUUGAAAUAAAUCCAAAUAUACUUCUUUUUCAACAUCAUCCACGUCUUAAAACCUAUAUACAUUCACCUAUUGAACAAGCCAUAAAUGAAAGUCUUCAAACAGUUCAACGUUCACUUAAAGUCGCAACAAGUGCAGCUGAAACAAUUGUACGAAAAGAUUUUCUUUUAAAUCCUGAUGAACAACAAUUACGUACAUCAGCACGUAAUAUGGUUGCUUAUUUAAGUAGUGGUCUUGUACUUAUAACAGCACGUCCAGCAUUACAAGAUCAAAUACAAUCUUAUAUUAAAACACAUUUACAAACAGUUCUUGGUGUUUCACAAGGACCAACAACAAAUUCAACAACAACAACAAAUAAUAAUAAUAAUAAUAAUAAUAAUAAUAAUAAUAAUGAUUCAUCAUCAUCAACGAAUACAACAACAACAACAGCAGCAACAACAACAACAAAUGGUACAACAACAAAUGAUCAAUUAUCAAGUCAAACACGUGAAAUGAUUCAUCAAGCAGCAACAGAAAUAGCAGCAUCAAAUAUUGAAUUAUGUUGUUGUCUUUUACAACGAAUAACAAUACAUCGAGCUAUACAAUUAAUUGAUCAACGUUUAGCUGGCGAUAUUGAAAUUCGACAACGUUGUCGAUUAGAAGGACGACAAUUGCCAACAGCAACAAGCGUAGCUGAAUUUCAGUCAGAUAGAUUAUUAGAACCUAUACGUUUACGCUAUGGACCAUUAUCAUCACAUCAAUUAGCUAUUUAUGAAGAUUUCGUUCAUUUUAUUCCAGGUUUUAAACCAAGUGAUAAUGAAAAACGUGACCUUGUUACGAUGGAUGAAACAGGUCCAUCCGUAUGGGAUCGUUUAAUAGCUGAAAUCGAUCAAAUCAUAUCAACUCAACAUAAUCAGACAUUUGCCAGUGCAUUACAACGAUUAUUAGAAAAUGUUAAUAUUUUACGAACUAAUUUACAUAAUCAAACAUCACCAAAUGCACCACAAGUUGCAUUAAAUAAUGUAUUAAAUAUAAUAAUUUAUAAUUUACUUGAACAUUAUACAUUACAAUCUCAAACACAAGAUGGUGAUAAUUUAGAACGCUUUAAAAAUGUUCAUAUGAGUGUAUUAAAAUUACUUGUUGAAAUACGUUUACAUAUGUCACUUAUUAAUAAACAAUUAACUAAAGCAUGGUUAGAAUGUCCUAAUGAACUUAAAUUUAAUGUUUAUGCUGUUAAUCAACUUUUACGUAAUCGUCUACUUGAUAUACGUCAAAUGGAUACACAUGUUGCACAAUUAAUUGAUUCGGGAAAUAAUCCUGCACUUCAUUUUGCUGUUAAUUUUCUUCGAAAUUGUGUUAUUGAACAACCAUGUUGUGUUGAUAGUGAUAUUGCAUCUAUACUUGAUUCACUUCAUCGUAUAUCAUUAAUUGGUAAACAACCAGCUGAAGCUGUACGUGAUUUACUUGAAAUAAUACGUUUAAAUUAUACAUCAUUAACAACAAAUAAUGAAUCAAAUUCAACAAAUGAUACAAAUAAUACAAAUGCUCAAUCAACAGUUAAAAUUGAUAAAUUAGCUAUUAUAUCAUUAUCAGUUAUAAGUAAUGGUCAUAAAUAUUUAACAUCAAAUGAUGAAAUUGAAACAACAACAAUAGCUAAUAAAGCUAAACAUAUAUUAAGUGAUUGGGUUACAUUAACAAUGACACAAACAAAUCGUAUUAGUCAACAACAAUCAUUUCAAGGAGUUUUUAAUCAAAUGAAUAUGCAAGGUUUAUUUCGUUCCGAUGAUACAAUAGCUAAAUUUCUUCGUAUGACAAUUCAAUUAUGUGUCAAUAGUGUUUAUGAUAUAAUUCGUCAAGCACCACCAAUAUCAUCAUCAUCAUCGUCAACAGCAACAACACAACAAGCACAUUAUACACGUUGUCAUCAAGGAAUUGAUUCACUUUGUCGUUUUUUAUCACUUUUAACAACACAUACAUCGGAUAUUAAUAAUUAUGGAGCACGAAUACAUUUAAUUAAUCGUAUUUUAGGAAUUUUAGCUGCACAUUGUUUUGCUGAUCAUGAAGAACAAGGUGAUCAAUUUCAUCCAUUGGCUUAUCAAAGAAUUAUUCUUAAUUUAUUUCAAGAAUCUACAGCUGCUGUUACAUCAACUAUGUCAAAUACAACACCAAGUAUUGAUGCAUCAUCAACAAACGAAUAUGUAAUGUAUUAUAUUUAUUUGGCAUUUACGAAUUGUUUACAUCUUUUACGUCCUCAACGUGUACCUGGUUUUGCAUUUGCUUGGCUUGAAAUAGUUGCACAUCGAACAUUUAUGUCACGUUUACUUUUAUCAGCUGGUCGUUUUACUCGUCAAACUCAUAAUAUGUAUGCAUUAUUACUUGUUGAUGCAUUACGUUUAGUAACACCAUUUAUACGUUCGGGUGAACAUGCACAAUCAUUUCAAGUUUAUUUUAAAGGUAUAUUAAAAACAUUUAUGUUAUUAUUACAUGAUUUUCCAGAAUUUUUAUGUGAACAUUAUUAUCAAUUUUGUGAUGCCUUACCAUUAAUAGCACAUCAAUUACGUAAUAUUGUUUUAUCAGCAUUUCCUAAACAUAUGCGUUGUCCUGAUCCAUUUUUGGUUAAUUUUAAAGUUGAUAUGCUUAAUGAUAUAUCAAUUGUACCGGUGAUAGCUUAUAAUUUUUCUCAAAAUAUUCAACCACCAAAAUUUAAACAAAAUCUUGAUUCAUAUUUACGUACACGUGCACCAGUUACAUUUUUAUCUGAAUUACGUUCAUAUUUACAACAAGGUGCUGAUCCUGGUUCACAUUAUAAUAUAAGAAUGUUAAAUGCACUUGUUUUAUAUGUUGCAACACAAGCAUUAUCAACAUUAAAUAAUAAAACAAAUGGUCAACCAUUAAUGUCAUCAAUAACACAUUCAGCACAUAUGGAUAUAUUUCAAAAUUUAGCUGUGGAUUUAGAUACAGAAGGACGUUAUAUAUUUUUAAAUGCUAUGGCAAAUCAUUUAAGAUAUCCAAAUACGCAUACACAUUAUUUUAGUUAUACACUUUUAUAUUUAUUUGCUGAAGCAAAUUCAGAAGCAUUACAAGAACAAAUUGUUCGAGUUUUACUUGAACGACUUGUUGCUAAUCGUCCACAUCCAUGGGGUUUAUUAAUAACAUUUCUUGAACUUGUACGAAAUCCUAAUUUGAAAUUAUGGUCUCGAGAAUUUAUGAGUAUUUCACCAGAUGUUAAACGUUUAUUAACAACACUCACCCGUGGUUUUCCUCAUAUUCCAAACGCUCCAAUAGGUACUCAACAGCAACAACAACAAACUGCCAUUGUUAAACCCUAGGUAUUAAUUAGUUCAUCAUAUCGAUUUGUUCGUUAUUAUUCAACAACUCAUCAAUUAAAAUGGUCAUCAUCACGUGUUCGUCAAACAUUUAUCGAUUAUUUUACAAAACAUCCUCAAAAUCCUCAUGUAGUCGUUCCAUCAUCAUCAGUCAUUCCACCAAAAGAUUCCGGAACAUAUUUUGUAAACAGUGGAAUGAAUCAAUUCAAAAAUAUAUUUCUUUCACAACAAGAUAAAAUUUCACAACAAUGUGUUGUUAAUUAUCAAAAAUGUAUACGUGUUGGUGGAAAACAUAAUGAUUUAUCUGAUGUUGGACAUGAUACAUAUCAUCAUACAUUUUUUGAAAUGCUUGGAAAUUGGUCAUUUAAUAAUGCAUAUUUUAAACGUCAAGCAUGUACAAUGGCUUAUGAUUUAUUAACAAGAAUUUAUAAAAUUGAUAAAAAUCGUUUAUAUUUUACAUAUUUUAAUGGAGAAAAUAAUCUUAUUCAACCAGAUUAUGAAACAAAACAAAUUUGGAUCGAUUUAGGAAUUAAUUCAGAAAGAAUUUUACCAUUUGGAAUGAAAGAAAAUUUUUGGGAAAUGGGUGAAAUAGGACCAUGUGGUCCAUGUACGGAAAUACAUUAUGAUCAUACAGGUCAAGGAGAUCCAUUACAAGUUAAUAGCGAUAAUCCACGUGUUGUUGAAUUAUGGAAUCUUGUUUUUAUGCAAUAUGAACGACGACAAGAUAAAUCUUUAAUACCUUUAACUAAUUUUCAUGUUGAUACUGGUAUGGGACUUGAACGUCUUGUUGCUGUUCUCAAUGCAUUUGAAUCAAAUUAUGAUACGGAUUUAUUUACUCCACUUUUCGAUACUAUUCAUUCAUACUGUCAUCCAUCAUUUUCAAUCCCUGUUUAUUCUCAAGCAAAUAAAACUCAACAAUAUGCAUAUCGUUUAUUAGCCGAUCAUGCAAGAAUGUUUACAAUAGCUAUUGGUGAUGGUCUUAUACCAGAAAAAAAAGGUAUUGGUGGUUUAUUAAAAAAAAUGAUUGAACGAGCAACACGUAUUGCAUAUGAAUAUUUACAUAUUGAUGAAGAAAAUGUUGCUAUUUUAUCAAAAUUAAUUCCUAUUGUAACAAAUAUUCUUUCGCAAGCAUAUCCAGAUUUAAAUGAGAAAUUAAAUCGUACAAUAGAAAUUGUUAAAUAUUGUGAAUUAAAUUAUAUGAAAAAAUAUCAAUUAGCUAAACCAUUACUUGAAAAAUUUAUUCAAGAUAAAAUUCAAAAAUCAGAUUAUUUUAUAUCGGGUAAUGAUAUUUAUCGUUUAUAUGCUGGUAAAAUUAAUAAUAUAAAUGUACCAUUAGAAAUUAUUGAAGAUUAUACACGUUUAUUUCCAUUAAUUAAAGUUGAUUGGUUAAAUUUUGAUGAAUUGAUGCGUGAAGAAACACGUAAAAGUAAAUUAUUUUCAAUUUAUAAUAAAACAAUAAAAACAAAUGAAAAUAUAUCUCAACAUCCCAUUGAUAAAAUAUUUGAUUUAAUUAAACAAAAUUCAUCAUUAAAAGAAACAAUUGAUGAACCAUAUAAAUAUCAAGUAGAUAAAUCAAUAAAUUCUGAAGUAAAAUUAAUUAUACAAAAAGAUGAUAAUAAUAAUAAUAAUCAAUUAAAUAUUGUUCAAUCAAUUGAUAAAAAUUUUAAAUAUUAUAUUCUUCUUGACCGAACAAAUUUUUAUUCAACUGGUGGAGGUCAAUCAUUUGAUCAUGGGAUAAUUGAAUUUUCUAAUAAUCUUAUUUUUCAAAUUGAAAAUGUUUUUCGUCUUCAUGAAUAUAUUAUUCAUUAUGGUUAUUUUUUAGAAAAUGGAAAUAUUAAUGAUAAAAAUGUUCUAUGUCAUGUUGAUAUGAAACGAAGAUUAAAUUUAAGUCGAAAUCAUACAACAACACAUUUAGUUAAUAAAGUUUUACGAGAAUUAUUAAAUGAUUCGAGUCUAAUACAAAAAGCAUCAUUAAUACAUGAAGAUUAUUUUAUUUUUGAAUAUUCAUCAAUUAAUACAAAUACGACAAAUAGCAUUUUUGAAGAACUUGAGAAACGUGUCAAUGAAAUUGUUCGUCUUAAUCUUCCAAUAUCUAUAAGUUCACAUAAUUAUAAUUCAAUUCGUUCUGAUCUAAAUAUAUAUCGUUUAUCAAAUGAACUUUAUCCUUCUGAUGUUCGUUGUGUUAAUAUUGGUUCAACAUAUUCACGUGAAUUAUGUUGUGGUACACAUGUAUCAUCAACAAAUGAAAUAGAAGAUUUUCUUAUUGUUCGUAUUGAUUCUAAAGGUCAAAGUAAUAAACGUAUUUAUUGUUUAACUGGUUCAUAUGCAAAACAUGUUCGUAAUUUAUUUAAAAAUGAUUUUGAAAAAAAAUUUCAUUAUCUUGAAGAAAAUCAAAAUCAAAUAACAUUAGAUGAAUUAUAUAAUGAAUGUCGAAUAUUACGUGAAAUAUAUCUUGAUGAAAAAUCUUUAUUAUUUCCAUUUAAUCAACGUUUUAAUUAUUUAAAACGUUGGUAUAAAAUAAUGCCUGAUAAAAAACUUCUAAGAAAAUAUUUAUUAAAUCAAAUAAAUAAAGAUUUAAAGAAAAAUUUUAUUCAUUCAAAUGUUGAUUUACCAAUAUAUGAUAUUGGUUAUAUGUUAUUACGUUAUGAUGAUGAAAAUCAUAUACGAAAACAUCAACCAUAUGUUAUUUAUGUUAAUUUUUAUCAACAAAUUAUAAUAAUUUAUUUAAAAAAUCCACGUCAACGAAAUCAAUUCAUUGAACAUAUGAAAAAUCAUUAUCAUAUGAAUAUGUUAACAAAUUUUGAAAAUUAUGAUCAACAAACACGAGAUUUAUUUACUAUAACAAAAAAAUUAGUUAUUUUUCAACCGAUUGAUAAAGAUACAUUUGAUAAAAUGAAUUUUCAACAAAUAUGUAAUGAACUUUUUUCAACUGUUUUUUAG